CAAGCGGCCGCUUCCCUAAGCGCUCCCGGCUCCUGGUGGGAGGCCCCGGGGGAGACAAUAGACACCAGUUCCGAACCGCAGAGCCCGCUGGGAAGGCAGCUGGUUCCCGCGGCUCCGUUUCUCUCGCGGAGGCCGCACCGGUAGUGAGGUCAUAAUCGACAGACGGAAGGAAGCGGCGGAUUGGCUGAAUCCGUUGUUCUUGGCUCCGAGAGCGGUCUCCGCGCGCCCGGUGCAGCGGCUCGAGGCGGGAGCGGGUCAGGGCUCGCCGGUGGUCGGGCUCGCGACGCGCGUGCAGACGGGAAGCCGGUGCAGUAGCGGCCUCAGGCCGGGGCGGGGCCGAGCCGCGAACAUGGCGGAGGCCGCGGCCUCGGAGCCGCUGGGCCGGAGCCGGCAGGAGGCGGCCUGGGUGGAGACGCUGCGCGGGGACUGCGAGCCCGAGCACCACUGGCGGCACCGCCGCGAGUUCCUGCUGCGCAACGCGGGGGGCCCGCCGGCCGGGGACAGCGGGGCCCUGCAGCGCCUCGUCUCUCUCUCCAUGGUGUGGGCCAACCACGUCUUCCUCGGCUGCCGGUACCCGCUGUCGGUGAUGGAAAAGGUGCUGGAAAUGGCUGAAGGCAUCAAAGUGACCGAUGCGCCCGCCCACACGACGAGAGAUGAACUGGUUGCCAAGAAGGGGUAGAGGAACCUUGCAAGAAACGAGCUGUUGACAAAAGCAGAGAUUCUAAGGAUGUUGGAAAUGAUG